AUUUUCUAGCGAAGAUAAAAAUAGAUCCGACUUCACGCAUGCCCAGCAGAACUGCGGGAAAUUUGACACACAACAUGGAUAUCUUAGAUGAAAAAGAACUUGAAAAAUUGAAAAGGGAAAGAAAGAAGGCUGAAAAGAAAGAUAAUUUGAAGGAGGUGGCACAAAUAUGUAAUUGCAUUGGUGAACUUCUUGUAAAGUAUGGAAGGUGUCAUGAAGCCAAAGAAGAACAUGAGAAGGAACUUGCCAUCAGUGAAGCCUUGGAAGAUACCAUUGGUUCAGCAGUGGCAUGCAGGAAAAUUGGGGAGUGUUAUUGUGGAAUGGAUCAGUAUGACAAAGCACUACAAUUUCAGCAACGCCACUUGGAGCUUAGUAGGUCAUGUGGAAAUUUAUUGGAAGAGCAAAGAGCACUGGCUACUAUUGGAAGAACAUAUUUAUUUCAAUGUGACAGUGCCAGGGGGAAACAAAACAUAGUGAAGGCGUCCAAACAAGCAGAGGAGGCGUUCUGUAAAAGCAUGACUGCAUGUGAAAACUUGAAGCAAGAGGUUAAAAAUGUAGAAUAUAUGGAGAUGAAAGCCAGGCUUUACCUUAAUUUAGGGUUGGUAUUUGAUGGCAGAGGCGACACACGACAGUGUGCAGAAUAUAUGAAGAAAGCUAUAACAAUUUCAGAACAACACCAUCUUUACAGUGACUUGUAUCGAUGCCAGUAUUCUUUAGCUACCAUGUAUCAACGUAACAACAACUUCAGUCAAGCUUUAAGAUUCUUAGAAUCUGCUCUUAAGAGUGCUUUGAAGUUGAAGGAUAAAUAUCUUGAAAGUGAUGUGUAUGUCCAAAAAGCUUUGGUGUGUAUCCAAGUGGGAGACAUACCUACAAGUAAACAUUCAUUGAAGAAAGCACACAAACUGGGAUCACCAACACCAGAGGAAACUGAAAGAAUCGUCAAAUAUUUUAAAGCUGUUGGCAAGAUAGAAGAAGCUACAACGAGUUUGGAAGGAUUGCCACUGGACAGUAAUGCAUCAAAGAUAAAAAUAUAUGAACAGUUGGGCGAUGGAGCCGCAGAAAUUGGAAAUUUUAAACAAGCAUUGGAAUUCUAUCACAAAAUGCUGGACUGUAGUAUAGAUGAACUGUCACCAGGAAAGGAUUUGAUACCUAUCUACAUAUCUCUGGCUCAGACUUAUGCUGAUAAUAAACUGUACGGCAAGGCUGUCGAAUAUUACAAUAAAGAAAAAGAAUGUCGGGGUGAAGAUUAUGGUCAGAUAUGCCGAACAUGGUUAAAUAUAGCAGAGUGCCAGGAAUUAGACGGUAAAAGUUAUGAUGAAGUUAGCAUGUGUUAUAUGAAGGCUUUUGAAUGUGCUAGAAAAGCGAACCACUAUAAGUUACAGGUUCAUGUUUUAAAAUCGUUGGUAGAAGUUCAAAAGUACUAUAAACAGAAAACCCACCUGAAACAAACAGAACGAAAGCUGGAUAUGAUUAAAACAAAGUAUGAUGUGGGCAGUGAUGAGGAAUUGUCUGAGGAGGAGAGAGAUAGUCAGAGGUCGGAUGAUGUGGAUAAUCUGAGUAUAUCAGAAUUGUCAGAAUCAGAGGAAUCAGAGGAAGAAGGAAGUAAAGUUCAAACUGGGUCAAGGAGGGUAACUAAGGCUAAGGCCACUAGAAAUGAAAAAGGAGAAACUCCAUUACACAGGGCUUGCAUAGAGGGUAACCUGAAGAAAGUUCAAAAGCUUAUUGAACAGGGUCAUCCUGUAAACCCUCGUGAUCAUUGUGGAUGGAUACCCUUACAUGAGGCAGCCAACCACGAUGUGUAUGAAAUAGUCUUGUACCUACUGGACCAUGGAGCAGCCAUCAAUGACCGAGGGGGUCAGUACUGUGGAGGAGUUACUCCCCUUAUAGACUCUGGUAACUGUGGCAACAUGGAAAUUAUGGACUUGUUAAUUGAGAGAGGAGCUAAUGUCUUAGCUAAGGAUGAUGAGGGUAACACAGCGUUGGAUUGUCUGAGAUCAUGGAGAGACCGCUGUGAUAAUUUAGACGAUGAAUUAUUGAAGAAGUUCCAACAUACAGAGACAUUAUUGGCAUCUAAAAAGAGAGGAAAAUCAUCAGUAGACAGUGUACAAAGAAGCCAAACAAACAGAGGUUUGAAUCCAAGUCAGAGAAGUCAGAGGGUUGUAGAAGAAUGUGACCUUCCCCAUCUCCCUCUACAAGAGAGAGCUAAGAAACGUAAAUCAAAGACUGGACAUUCUUCAGAUCUCAGAAGAGGUAUGUCUUCAACUGAUUCUGACAGUGAUUCACAAAUGCCUUGUAGACAAAGGGAAACAAUUCCAGUUUUAUCUGAUUCUGAAGAAUUUUUUCCCAAUCCAAUGAUGGAUGAUGAGAAUCAUACUACCCAGAGUGCAACAGCAAGUUACAAGUCUGCUAUGGAAAGUCUGAGAGGUAAUGUUAAUCGUAAGACUGUCCACUCACAAAGUGUGCCAACCAGUAAACAGCAGCAGACGUCAGCAUUAAUUGAUGAAGAAAUUUUUAUAGAUGAUUGGUUGAUAGAUGAUAUGCAUCAACCAACCAAAAGACAGAAAUUAGACAUAAAUGGUGUUUUCUCAUCAAAUUCUUCUAGAAAGAAAAGUGAGGAGGUCUUAUCUCAAAAAGCUUCUUCAUCAAGCAUAAAGAAAAACAGAAGUAUUAUUUUUGACGAUGAUAGUGAAGAUAUAAAUAUUGACACAAGUGUUGAUAUCCAUUGCAACAAUAGAACUGGUGAUGACAACAUUUUAAUAGAUGAAGAUGAUAUAAGUAUCAUAUCACAAAGUACACAAUUGCCCUCAAUUCGACGGCUACAGAAAACAAAACCUCGCCAAUUAAGUUUGACAAAUUUCGCAGUCAGAGUAUCUGAAAACAGGUCUAUUUCUCAGGACACAGCAGGAAUUGAGAAUGCCACAACUUUUCUUGCUACAACUGGGCCUACAAGUACACAGAAAACCAUUGAUAGUACCCCUUCAUCAUACAGGGAUACAGUUGGAUCUUUAAUGAGGAUCAAGGUCAGAGUGAAGGACAAACUUUUGCUAAUUCCUGUGCCCAAUAGUGAGAAGGAGAAGACAAUAGCUUGGUUAUGUCAGGAAGCUGGUCAGAGAUAUUACAGCAUGUGUGGAUUACGUCCCUUGUUAACACUCAGUACAAAGGAUGGUGCCUUCUUAGCCAACACAGAUGAGAUUUCACAAGUUCUGUCAAGUAAUGAAGAGGUUGAAGGUGUAGUUGAUAGUUGGGAUUUACCUCCCCUGGUGGACAGAUAUCAGCAGGCUUGUACAGCUUUAAAUACAGUUUGCUACAGAAAUAUUAAGACAAUACUUCAGUCAUGUGACUCUACAUCAAAACUGGUGAUAUCAGACCUCGGCCUACGACCUCUACAGAUACAGACAGUUUUUAGAGCAUUGCAAUGUCAGAAUACGCUCAAAGUACUCUGCUUACCAGGAAACAGAAUGGGAGACAAUGGAUUGGACAGAUUCCUGAAAGUCUGUAAUACCUUACCAAAUUUAAGUGUUCUGAACUUUAAAUGCAAUGAAAUAACAGCAGUAGGAUUAAAGUCCUUGGCAGAUUUCUUACAGAACUGUGAAACGCCUAUUCUAAAGAAUUUAAUGGAGUUGAAUUUGAGUUACAAUUCUCUAGGAGAUUCCAGCUGCCAAUCACUUGCUAGUAUAGUGACACACCUACCUAUGCUGAAUACAUUGUCUUUAUCAUCUUGUGAUUUUACUGCUAAACUGUUCCAGCAACACAGAAUUAGCCUGAUGGAGAGUUUACUGAAUUGUCAGUUACAGAAUUUGGAUGUCUCUCAUAACCAAUUUGGUAUGCUUGGUAUAGAAUUAUUGUUGAAGACCAUCAAUCCUGUCACCAUGUGGUCAUUAAACAUCGGCAGCACACUUACAUCCGCACCACAAUCUUAUUUCUUAUUACAUAUACAGAACUUUUUGUCAAAGGAGAAAUGUAGUCUCCAAGAUUUAAAUCUAUCUGGAUGUCACUUGUCUACAGACCAUACAGACUUCCUUGUCAGCAUUCCAAUAGCUGGUAAAAGGCUCACCUCCCUGAAUCUCUCAGACAAUCCAAAACUAGACAAUAGUGUUGUAACCAGAGUAUUAGAAGUGGCCUCGACAAACAAUACACACUUGGAAAAGAUUUCGGCAGAAGGUUGUGGCAUCAUAUCGCCAUUGGAUACCAUGUUUCUAGAUGCCAUAAGUGACAAAUUAAUGUCUGACCAUUCUCUGAAAUUUAUUAGUUUUACAUGUAAUAAUUUGGAUAAAGUUGAUGUAGAUAGUUUAUCCCAGAUUUGGACAGAACAUUGGAAAGAUUCAGCUCAAACUCAUAUUAGCAGCUGCUUGGUUAGAUUGAGUGUAUCUAGCACAUAAUUUAUUGUUAGUGUAAGGUGGUACCCAACACUUUCACUUAAAUUAAUUUGGCUCGUUUAAUUUUCAUAAGAUUUUGACAAAGUAUUAACUUUGACCCUUUAACAAAAAUAUAAAAAUUUCAAAAAUUUUAAACCAACCGUUUUUUUAAAAUACACUGGUUAUAUAGCAGUUUGACGAACACCAAUUUUUAUCACUGAGACACUUAAUAUUCCCUUUACAGCACAACAUAAUUAAAAUGUUGAGCUGACUUUACAGAGUUAUCUCCCUGUAGUGUUAGGUAUCACCUUAACUAUAUAUAUCCUAGAAGAUGUAUCAUGCAUGUUAUAGAUUAAGACAAAUUAUAUUAUAGUGUAUCUUUUAUAUUGUUAUUGCAUGUGUUAUUUUGUAAUUUGUAUAAUAUUAUGAUUAUUUUUUACUUAUCAGUAAAUGUGCAAUUUAUUAAA